GAAAACGUUCCCAAACAACGUGCUCAACUACAAGAAUCUGUCGCCACCUACUGGUGGAAAGGAGCGAUCGCUCCUCCUCGAGCCACAGGUGAAAACAAUGACGCAACUCCACCUGCUCCGAGCAAAGGGAGGAGGAGGAGCUAGACACCAGAGAAGAAGAAGCCUGCGGCUCGCUGCCUGCCAGGCAGACGGCGGCCAUGUGGGAGGGAGAGGCUCCGAGGGAAGCCCGUCUUUCGUUCUACUGCAUCCCGUCGGGGAGGCAGCUCCCCAGGACGCCUCCCUUGAGGAGUGUGAAGAAACAGCUGGAUUUCUGUAACCAAGAGGAGAACGAGCCUCUGCAGCAGAGUGCGCAGCCGCCCGGCGCUCGGGAGCAAGAUGACGCCGACCCAAACGCGACCUUUGAGUUCAACGCCUCUGGGACAAAAUCAGAACCAGAAGAGCUGGACUCCAUGCUGACGGGGAUGAAGGGCUAUCAGCUGACCCAGACGGACCUGGACUUCAUGGAGAGGAUCAGAGGAGAGAAACUUAUCAAAAAACUGCAGGGAGACCUGCAGGAGGUGCAGAGGUCUCUGCAGAAGGAAAUGAUGCCGCUGGAGCUGGCGUCGGCCUCCAUGAAAAAAGCAGAGGCCGAACUCCAAAAGUUCCCAUCCUGUGAGGACAUCGCUGAGUGGCUGAAGCUGGUCCUCAACAUGACGUCGCCCUCCGUGGAUUCAACGGACCUCGACGCCAAGUCGCUCCUGGCCAUGGUGACAGUGAGGAACGUUCAGCGGGCCGAGGAGGAGAAGAGGAAGGAGCUCGCUCGGAUGGAGAAGAUGGCGGCAAACAAGAGGAAGAAGGAGGCUCAGGCCAAAGGGAAGCUGGAGAAACGAGUGGCCUGUGAGCAGCUGAAGAUACAGGGGCUUAUGAGCCUGCUGUCGGACCUGAAGGCCGAACUCGCACAGCAGGAGGAAGUUUCCAGAGCUCUUCAAAUACAGAUCGACGCCCAGGAGGCAGCGGAGGUCGACGUCGGCGCGUCUGAGGAACCGCAAGCCGCUAAAAAACCAGCGAGGGGCCGAGGGAAAGGAAGAGCUAAAGCUCCUAAACCCACGAAGAAGUCGAAAGGCCCAACGGACCAAAGUAACCCGACGGGGAGGAAGCUCGGGGACGGUCAGCGGAGCGGGAAAGACGAGCAGGAGGGUGACGGCGCCAGAGGGCCAGCGCAGAAGGCCCAGGAGCCAGAGUCCAGCCCCCGAGGGGCCGCGCCGCGCCGGAGGAGGAGGCCCCCGAGUCAAGCGGAAUCCGGGGAGGAGACGCAGCCCCCCCCUCUGAGGAGGUCCAAGAGGAUCGCCAGCAGGACGUAGCUCAGACAUCGACUAGUUCUCCUGAUUCAAUCCCCAAAGUGGGAUUUUUUUAUUUGUUUUACUCUUAUGUGUAUUAAAUAUAAAGGAUUUUAUUUUUAGCAUGAAAUAAAAUAUACUUUAAGUGUU